AUGGCAGGUGGUGCUCUGAUCGGAUCUCCAGUGGAGAUUUGGUCCGGCAAAGAGCGGUGCUUCAUGCGUCCAGCAGCGGCAAGGCUUCAGUUGCAAGCUUGCGGAUCUGCGGAGCUUAAUUUCUGGCUAUUAUUCGGCGAAUGUGUACGAUACCCUCGCGGCGAAACGACAGCGAUCCGUCGAGUUGCAGGGGUAACGGGGAAUGGUGGCACUGGCGAGUGUGCUGGAGAUUGUUGGUGGCGUUGGUGGAAUGUCGGCGGCGACUUGCUCGACUGGCUGUUGACGGUCGACUGCGGUAGGCGGAGGAGGACUGCUGAUGGUGGUGGCAGCGGUCGUCGGUCGUCGGCGAGGGGUCGGCUCUGA